GUUUGGGCGGCGGGAGGCGGCGGCGGGGGCGGUGCGGGGGCCCCAAGCGCGCCCGCGGCGUCUGGGUUGGAGGACGGAGCGCGUCGCCUGUGUUUAUUCCUAGUGACUUGCGACGGAGACCCGGGAAGGGGCGCGGCCGUGACGGUGUUAUCGUCCCAGGGCGAGCCCGCGGGGUGCAGCGAGGCGCUGGGAAGAUGCUCGAGGUCCUGGUGCUGAAGAUUGAAGAUCCAGGUUGCUUCUGGGUUAUUAUAAAAGGGAAUAGUACCUUUUUAGAUCAUGAAAUUGACUACCAAAAACUAAAUAGCGCCAUGAAUGACUUCUAUAAUAGCACGCGUCAAGACAUAGAAAUAAAACCAUUGAUGUUGGAAGAGGGGCAGGUUUGUGUGGUUUAUUGUCAGGAACUCAAGUGCUGGUGCAGGGCUGUCAUUAAGUCAAUCGUGUGUUCAGCAGAUCAUUACCUGGCAGAGUGUUUCCUUGUGGAUUUUGCCAAGUACAUUCCCGUGAAAUCGAAAAACAUCCGAGUUGCAGUAGAAACUUUUAUGCAGCUUCCCUACAGAGCGAAAAAAUUCAGACUGUAUUGUACCAAACCUGUUACAUUACACUUUGACUUUUGUGAAGACAGUGCUAAAAUUGUACCUGCCAAGAAGUGGGACACUGCAGCUAUUCAGUACUUUCAGAACAUCCUGAAAGCAACUACCCAGGUGGAAGCCAAAUUAUGUGCUGUAGAAGAUGAUACUUUUGAGGUUUAUCUUUAUGUAACUAUAAAAAAUGAAAAAGUUUGUGUUAAUGAUGAUCUGGUUGCAAAGAACUUCGCUUGUUAUGUAUCACCCAUGGAGAAUAAAAACCUUGAUUCUUUAGAGAAACCAAGAUUGAGUAUAAAGUCAGCCUCCUUUCCCAAUAAACUCAAUCCAGCACUUAGUCUUUGGCCAAUGUUUUUGCAAGGAAAAGAUUCUCAAGGAAUGGAAAAGUCACAUGGUUUAACUUUUCUGGCGCAGUCUCUCCAGCAUUUGUGGCCCAAGCGUGUUGUGAGUGAUCCAGGGCCAACAGCUACUAUCCUGGAUAAAACUAUGAAAUGUAAAGUGGCUUCCUUGCCUGGUUCACCUAAAAAUAUAUCUGAAAAGAAACAACAGUGCAUCUCUUUAAAAGAUGUAAAUAAGUGUGUUGAAUCUUCAGUGUAUUGGCCAACAAAAAGAGGCAUAACCAUAUAUGCUGAUCCAGAUAUACCAGCAGACAGUGCUUUACGUCAGAAGUCAAAUGAGAAACCACUCAGAUUGGCUGAGAAGAAAGAAUACAAUGAGAAGAAUGGCUGUGUAAAAUUAUUGCAGUUUUUAAAUCCUGAUCCUUUGAGAGCUGAUGGAAUCUCUGAUCUGCAACAGUUGCAGAAGCUGAAGGCGGGCGCACAGCAGGCCUCUGCGGUGCUCCGGAACAAGAUUGAGCCUUGCUUGUCCAUCGACACGGCGCCGCUUUCGGCAGACCUGAAAAAGGCUCUUCAAAGAAAUAAGUUUCUGGGACCUAGCCACACUGAAUCUUACUCCUGGCCUCCCAUAGCGCGCGGCUGUGACGUGGUUGUCAUUUCUCAGUGUGGAAAUGACCCUUUGUUGUACCUUCCACCAGUGCUUACGCUUUUGCAAACAGGGGGCUGCUACAAGUCAUUACCAAGUAGAAACGGACCUCUGGCAGUCAUCCUGUGUCCUGGGUGGAAAAAGGCCCAAUUUAUUUUUGAGUUAUUGGGAGACUAUGGCGUGUCCUCCAGGCCUCUUCAUCCUAUGUUAUUAACAAUUGGACUCCACAAAGAUGAAGCCAAACAUAUGAAGCUUCCAAGGGGCUGUGAUAUAAUGGUUACAACACCACAUAGCCUCCUGAGACUUCUCAGAUACCAAAGCUUGUUAUUUCUUAGACUCUGUCACCUCAUUUUGGAUGAGGUGGAAGUAUUAUUCUUUGAAGCUAAUGAACAAAUGUUUGCUAUAUUAGAUAACUUUAAAAAAAAUAUUGAAGUUGAAGAAAGGGAAUCUGCACCACAUCAAAUUGUUGCAGUUGGAGUUCAUUGGAACAGACAUAUACAGCAUUUAAUCAAAGAGUUCAUGAAUGACCCCUACAUCGUGAUCACUGCCAUGGAAGAGGCUGCUCUCUACGGCGGUGUCCAACAGGUGGUACAUCUUUGCCUAGAAAGUGAAAAAACCUCUACUUUACUCCAGACUCUUGACUUCAUUCCAAGUCAGGCACAGAAGACCUUGAUCUUCACCUGUUCUGUGGGUGAAACUGAAAUAGUGUGUAAGGUGGUAGAAAGCAGUUCAAUAUUUUGCUUGAAAAUGCAUAAAGAGAUGGUUUUUAAUUUAAAAAGUGUAUCAGAACAGUGGAAGAAGAAGUUAAGUUCUGGCUCUCACAUUGUAUUAGCCUUAACUGAUGACUGCAUACCACUCUUGGCCAUUACUGAUGCCACGUGUGUGAUUCACUUCAGCUUUCCUUCCUCACCAAAAAUUUUUGGUGGACGCCUAUAUUGCAUGUCUGAUCAUUUUCAGAGUUUAACUGAACAGGGUUCUCUUGCAAAACAGGGAGGUAAAAAGGCCAAAUCUGUCUUGCUGCUGACGGAGAGAAGUUCAUGCCAUGCUGUGGGUGUUUUGCGGUACUUGGAGAGAGCAGAUGCCAAGAUUCCCUCGGAGCUGUAUCAGUUUACUGCAGGCGUUCUAGAAGCCAAGGAGGACAAGAAAGCCGGAAGGCCUCUCUGUCCGUACCUUAAGGCUUUUGGAUUUUGCAAAGACAAAAGGAUUUGUCCUGAUCGACACCAUAUUAAUCCAGAAAUAGACAAUCCAAGAAAAUUAUCCAACCAGGCUAUACCAUUGUUUGGAUACAUUAAAAUAAUACCCUUUUACAUUUUGAAUGCAACAAAUUACUUUGGUCGUAUAGUUGAUAAACAUGUGGAUCUUUAUGCAACUCUUAAUGCUGAAAUGAAGCAGUAUUUUGAGGAUUCCAGUAAUAAAACAACCAUUGAAAAGGUGGAGAAAUUUGGAUUAUACGGAUUAGCAGAGAAAACACUUUUUCACAGAGUUCAGGUGUUGGAGGUGAGCCAAAAAGCAGACACGUCGGACCUCGAUACUGUCCUUGUGAAGUUUAUAGAUGAAGGCAGGACUGGACCCAUCCCCAGAGAUCAGCUGCUCCAUCUCCCAGAAAACUUCCAGGCUCUGCCCCCCCAAGCCAUGGAGUUCAUUGUUUGUAGAGUGAAACCUGCUGACAAUGAAAUUGAAUGGAAUCCAAAAGUUACGAGGUACAUUCACCAUAAAGUUACUGGAAAAUUGCAUGAUGCAAAAGUGGUAUUUGCUUUAGGAAAUACAGUUUGGAUUGAUCCAAUGGUGCACGUUACAAAACUUUUAAAUUUGAAAACUUCUGUCAUUGAUUACAAUGUUCGAGCUGAAAUUUUGUCAAUGGGAAUGGGCAUUGAUAAUCCAGAACAUAUAGAACAACUGAAAAAAUUGUACGAAGGAGCUAAAAUACAAACUGUUGAAGAAAGCCGAAGCCAAACACUGGAGCCGUUGUCUACAGAAGAGGCCGCCUGUCUGCAGAGCACACGGCCGGAGGACGGGGCUUCGGAAGGAGGUGCCGACUCCAGAACGAACUCAGGAAACCGGAAGCAUGAAGCUUCACCUGGAAACACUGGCGAUGCUUCCGUGAACAGAACUACGGAGCCCCUGCAAAGCUUCCACCCACCAAUAAAAUGGUUCCAAAAAGACGAUGUGGUCAUAUUGAAGAUAAGAAUAAGGAAUGUAAAAGAUUACAAGUGCAAAUAUUUUAGAGAUAGAGUCAUUUUCAGCGCCUGGGUAGGAGAAAAAUUUUACUUGGCUGAUUUGGAGUUGCAGGCCAACAUAAUAAAGGACGAUUGCAAAUGCAUAAUUAAAAAUGAGGAACCUAUAAUCACUCUUGCAAAAGAGAGAAGGGAAUCUUGGUGUAGCUUACUCAGACAGAAGAAUCCCAAUGUGGCUUUCGAUUUUGACCACUGGGAAGAAUGUGAAGAGGAGAGCCACUUCUCCAAGGUUGUAACAUCUAAAAACCUGUCCUGCAAAGUGGCAGAGGUGAUAGAGAGCAGUGACCAGACUUCGGAGGAUGAGGAGACCGAGAGCGACUGAGCGUGUGGGCCGGAUCCUGAGGCGGACGGGGUCACCGCGUGACUGGACGCUAGAGAACAGCAGUCCCGUUCACACCUUUUUAUUACGAGGGGUCAUCUGGUGGCACUGGGAUUGGUAAUGGUGAGAAAUUCUGAAUCUAUUUAAAAAUGGGCUGAGGCCCGGGCCUGGUAGCUCAGUUGGUUAGAGCGUCGCCCCUA